AUGUCUGGUUCCACCCGCGGCACCUUCAUCGUGCUCGCCAACUCGAAUCUCGUUAGCGCCAAAGGAGACCCUGGCCCUCGCAAGUCGCUGCCUUGCAUAUCCACCAACACCCGCAUCGUCUCCGACACCCACGGCAUCUGCAACCCCACAACCCGCACCAUCCACACCCUAACGCGCGUCAAUGGUGAACUCUUCGUCAAUCACAGCUUCCGCACCAGCACCGAGAAACCCACCAGCGUCAGCAACGUCGGCAAGGGCGGCCAUGGUGGGUAUGCGCUGCCGUCGGGGAGCCCCAAAACCAAUCUAGCCCAUGCGGCAUGUAUGCGCUCGUUCUAUUCCAUCCUUGCAACACCGCAAAACUCCCAUCUCGUUCCCCACGUUCGCCCUCGCCACCGGACGGGGAUUCUCUUCGAGAUACGCGUCACCGUCUCAGUCGGCAUCACCCCUAAAAUCAACCUCGACUUCUCCUACUCCGAUAUGGAUUUGGACUUGCCUUCGUUGCUCAACGCGCUAUAUCCCAACGUCGACCCUUACCCCUAUAGCCCACUCCGCGUCCUCAGCUUCAGAGCAUACACGGGCCCAUCCGCUGUUGUCCGGCACGCGUUCCGUCCCAUCUUGAUCUGUGUCCACCCCAUCCUCCGCCUCCAUAUUGACUUCGUCUACCUAUACCUCAUCCCGGACCUUUUCCUUGGCCGGUCAGAAGUGCCGAACGAGCGCCCAGCUCAAGCGCGAUCCGUACUCUCUAUUCGGAAACUGGAACAACGGUGCGAAUGA